CUGGAUUUUAAAAGUUAUGUUUGUAACAGUAUAAAUUUUAUUUGCAUUGCUUUUUCAGUUACUAUGAUCACACCUGUGCGAAGCUCCGGGGUUGGGAGUAAGAACCUCACAAACAUUUUUAUGAUUAAGACCUUUCUUGUUUGUUUAAACGUGUAGCAGACGAUAUUUAUAGAACGCGAAAACGGUCGGCUGCGUCUUGAUCAAUACAAGGCCAUAUAUGAAUAUUCAGAGUGGGAGUCUCCUAUCCCCGUGUAACUUUGGACAAUCGUACCUGCACAGUGAAGAAUUAAUUACAGUUGAAUCAUAUCAAGAGCACAUUUAGACUUUUAUUUUACUAAAUGUUUUCGGGCAUGGGUGUUGUAACACGUGACAACUGAAACCAAUCCUGAAUCGUUUGAUAAAUUACUACUGUUUUCAACAUAAUAUAUAUAUGGAAGUGAACGUAUUAAUUUGAUGUUGUUUAUCGUCGAAUGACAGCGCUUUGUAGGUAGUUACAACGGCUAGAAGGCUCUUCCCAUUCAUAUAUAAGGAGACUGACUUCAUCAAUCGGUCCUUUCACUUUCAAUUUUCGCUUCAGCUAAUAGAGAAGUUAAGUGUGCAAUAAUCUUCCAAGAUGUCUAAGUCUAGCGAGAGGAUUACUGAGAAGAGAACAGUGAUAACAUCCUCGUCUUCUGCCUAUGAUGAUGGCGAUGACUCUAUUUACUAUAAGUCUGGAAUACAACCUCGGCAGUCUACUGUAGUUUCUCGGUCUUCAGUUGGAGGACCUAGUAUGAGGUCUAGUAUCGGAGGUGGCAGCGGUGGAACCGUUUACUCGCGUACUGUAGAAUAUGGAAUCGGUCGAUCAGCUGGAAUGGGGGGUCUUAGCCCAGGAAGCUUUGAAAAAGUAUCGAACACCGGAGUUCAAACUGUUAAAUCGAGCCGAGAGAAGGAAAAGAAAGAUAUGCAAGAUCUAAACGAGCGAUUUGCAAAUUAUAUCGAAAAAGUGAGAUUCUUGGAAGCCCAAAAUAGGAAGUUAGCAUCUGAAUUAGAAAACUUGAAAACAAAAUGGGGAAAAGAAACAAGUGCUAUCAAAUCUAUGUACGAACAGGAAUUAGCAGAAGCCAGAAAGUUAAUAGACGAUUUAACAAGAGACAAGAACAAAUUAGAAAUCCAAAACAGCAGUUUACAAGAAGAUAUGAACAAUUUGAGGCGACAAAUGGACGAUUUGAAGAAGUAUCACGCUAUUGAUCAAGAACAGAUAAAUAAACUGAAUCAACAAUUAUCCGAUUAUGAAAGCGAGAUUAACAUGCUUAGAAGGACCAUCAGUUCACUUGAGACAGAAAGAGGACGGGACAAAGAAAGAAUCAACAAACUUCAAAGCGAGGUUGACAGAUUAAGAAUCGACCUGAAUAAUGAAACAUUGAACCACUUAGAUGCUGAGAACAGACGACAGACACUUGAGGAAGAGAUGGAAUUCCUGAAGAAGGUCCAUGAACAGGAACUCAAAGAACUGGCAGCUUUGGCAUACAGAGACACCACUGAAGAAAACAGGGAAUUCUGGAAGAGCGAAUUGUCUCAAGCUAUCCGAGAUAUUCAAUCUGAAUAUGACAACAAGGUCGAUCAGUUGAGAGGUGAUAUGGAGAGUUACUACAAUCUUAAGGUCCAAGAAUUCCGUACAGGUGCCACUAAGCAAAACAUGGAGGUUACACAUGUGAAAGAGGAAAACAAGAAAUUAGUAAAGAGCAUAUCAGACCUGAAGGGAAGACUUGCCGAUUUAGAAGGAAGAAAUGCACAAUUAGAAUCUCAAUACAACAGCUUACUUAGAGAAUAUGAGAGCAUACAGAGUGAACACACGAUGGAGACAGUUAAACUAAAGGAAGAAAUCACCAACCUUAGGUCAGAAAUGGAAGCAAUCUUAGUUGAGUUACAGUCAUUGAUGGAUGCUAAACUGUCAUUGGAGCUUGAGAUCGCCGCUUACAGGAAACUGUUGGAAAGUGAAGAAAGCAGAGUGGAACGGCUACGACGACUUGGGAUAAAUGUUAGCAAUAUGAGAAGUGUUUUUCGUGGCUCACCAGUAAACUAUAAACCAGAACCAUCUUACGAAUAUAGCACCGGUAUUUCUGCUGACGAUGAGCAGACCGAAAGGGAUAUAACUCCAGACGAUGAAAUUCCACCCACUAUUGGAACAGCAGGGAAUGAUGGAAUGAGGUCGAAAUUAAAUGAACCGGAAGUAGAACAGAAGUCGUAUAGUGACCAAGAAACGGUUAAAUGCAUUACACCAGAGGAGACUGUUGAACCUAACGAAAUGUCCAAAACAGAAAAUCCAACAGAAAGUACCAAAUGUACAACGGAUGGGGAAUGUGUCAGACUAGAAGACAAACAGGAUGUAGAAUCUAAAGUUGAAAGUGUAGAGUCCCCAUUAGAUCAGAAGAGUCCGCAAGAAAAUGAGAUUCGUACGGACAUUUCUGUGAAAGGUACAAAUGAUGACGAACGUGAGAGACUAGACGACAAACAGGACGUAGAAUCUAAAGUUGAAAGCGUAGAGUCCCCUUUAGAUCAGAAAGAACAAGAAGUUCAUACGGAAAUUUCUAAGAAAGGCAUAGAGGAUGAUGAUUCAACUAUCAACCAAGCUGAGUCAAAGAUUAAACAGCCCGAUCAAAUAGGUAAUGUUGAGAUUAGAAACGACGAUCUGCCUGAGGAAAAACAAUCGGUAACUGAUGAUAUCACCUCUGAAAAAACUGACGACAAUAAAGCUGCUGUAAAAUCUACUAAUGAGGACACGGCAACAGAAUCAAAGCCACCAGAAACCAAAAUAGAUUCUGUUCCAAGUAAAAAUUCGGAUGAAGUGGAACUAGAAACCACUGAUAAUUCAGUAACAUACAAAACAAAUGACAUUAUAAUUGAAAAUCAAAAUAAUGAAGUCGGCAGUUCUGAUUCACGUAAAAGUCCCGAGCCGUCAUCAAAGGAAACAGUAGAAACACAAAAUAAUGAAAUGGUCGAAUGCGAUGAUGAUACGAAAGUAAAAUCUGAUGAUUGUACUGUUGAUGUUAAAGCAUCUCCUGGUGAUUUCGAGGUUGAUGGAAAAGCACAAUUUGAUAACAUAUCAAAACAGAAUCAAAUGGAUGACACAAAACAAAUAAACGUAGAUGAUGCCAUCGAUCACGAAAGCAUAAAACAUGAUGUCGGUUCAAGCGAAGAGGUUUCUUCUCAUGAUGAACCAGGGAAAGAAGCAAGUAAAACCAUAGAACAUGAUAUUUCAGAACAAACAACAGAUACAGUUGAUAAAAAACAGGAAGAAAAAAUAAAUGAUAGAAAUGAAAUUAAGGAUCAGACUGAGCAAAUUAAAGAUCAAAAUGAGGAAUCAAAAAGCAACAUAUCAAAUAAGCCACAAGAAUUAGACACAAUAGGACUGAGUAAAGAUGAAAACGAUGUUCAUGAAAACGAUGACAUAAAAUCAAAUCAAUCAGAUAUAAUCAGUGAUAAACAAAAUCAAGACGACAGUCAAAUAUCAAAAUCUGAAAGCCAAACAAUCACUGACAAAAAGAGCGAUCUCAAAGAAACAUCUGAUCAAGAUGAUAAGAUAACUGUAAAUGGUGAAGGACCCCUAGAUGAAGACAAUAGUCAAAAUGUGAACCAAAAGAACGAUGAAAUGGACGAUGAUGAAGAUUCCCAUUCGUCCAUGAAAAUGAUGAGAGGCGAAGUAUCAGCUAAGACAACAUACCAGAAAACAUCGACAGGACCAGUCUCAAUCGCUGAAGUACACCCAGAAGGAAAAUAUAUCACUUUAGAAAACACCAGUGCACAAAGACGGGAGAUCAAUUUAGAUGGCUGGAAAUUGAAGAGAGAGCUUGAUGGACAGAAAGAGUAUGUCUACACAUUUAAAAACUUUAUUUUGAAACCAAACAAGUCCGUGAAGAUUUUUGCACGUGGAUUUGCAUCUGAUGCCGGAAUCAAUGACCUUGUCUUCCGUGAUUAUGAAACAUGGGGUGUUGGAUCAAAUGUCCAAACAUCACUUAUCAACGAAAAUAGAGAGGAGAAAGCCACUCACAGACAGAAAACAAACUACAAUUAAAAAUUUAAAGAACAGACUGGCGCAGUGAAUAGAUAAUAAUCUGGCUUGAUUUAUAUUGCUUAUUAAACCUUAUUCAGAAUUUACUGAAAAUGUUUUGGAUAAAGAUAUUGUAAAACUGUUCAUUUUAUUUGUUAAAAUUUUAAUUGUAUAGAGCAGUUGCAGCCAGUAGUAAAAACAUAAAACAAGUGGAACCUAGCUUUAUUUCAAGGUGUAUUAGUCGCUUAUAUUGAGAUCAAAGGGUUUGUGAUAUUAUGGAAUGAUAAUGUGAAAAUGUGAAGUUUAUAUAUAUCUAUAUAUAUAUAUAUAAUGAGUGACAGAACUUUUAGAGAUUUUUUUUACAUUUAUAUACAUUUGCCUUUAUUUUUUAAAUAUUUUAUGCAAUUUUGUCUUUCCGUCAAAAUUUUCUCAAUAUUUUGUUUAUAUAUGUAUUUCAUGCUUUUGGAAUAUUUACCAGUUGUUGUCAAUGUUAUGUACCAAGCUUUCUAUGUUGGUCCUGGAAAGGUACCAUGUUUUGUUCACUUGAGAAAAAGUAUGUUGUUGCUAUGGUUAUAGUACGCAGACGGAUGAAGACGAAAUUCACUAUUUAUAUUGUAAAAUUAAGAUGGAGCUGUCACCAAUUGUCUUGCCUUUUUAAUAAAUUAUUCACAAUUA